CAGUUUUUACGUGACGCGCGUGCACAGGAAGUCGUUUGUAACCGGGAGCUGUUAGCUUAGCAUGCUAACUGUCCGAGUGGUUAGGUUACUUUAUUAGCUAGCUAGCUUCAUGCUAAUAUGGAUUCAGCGGAAAUGAACAUAAUGAAGCUUUUUUUUGUACAUUUUUAAUUAGUUUAAGCCUUUAACCCGGGUCACGUUUCAGUUAAGCGAGUGCGUGUGUUCCAAACAGCUCUCUCCUGCCUGUACAGCUGCACUCCACACGCUGUGUUAGCACGCACAUCACACACUCUUAUCUAGUGCACUAGUCUCUGAGCACGGCGGGGUUUGGAACGGAGCCGGAGCUGAUCUGAGAGUCGCUAAACCGCGGUGUGACGACACAUGGCUUUGCGGCAGAUCCUGUUUUCACUCUGGCCACGCGGGAGCCGAUUAUCACGACCAGUUAUUGUGUUUAGAUCCUUCAGUUUUACAAAAGCAAACUAUCAUGAAACAAAAACUGACUCAACGGAUGAUAAAACGGACACUUCGUCUGUUUCUUCAGGUUCUGAGAACAAGUCAUUGUUGGAGAACCUCAGCGUGCUCGGCGUGGACCUGCAGAUGGCGCGGCGCAGACAACCCGGCGUUUUCCGCAAAAUCCAAACAAACGAGCAAGGAUUGAUUUAUUUCCUUGAACAUAAAGGUGCGAGCCGUGAUAUCAUCGCCAGCAUAAUCUCCCGUUUUCCACGAGCCAUAACGAGAUCGGAGGAACACCUGGAGGAGCGCUGGCGUCUGUGGCGCGGCAUCUUCAACAGCGAUGCCGAGGUUGUCAAGAUCCUAAACCGUUCUCCAGAGUCGUUCUUCCGCUCAAGCGAUAACGGCAACCUGGAGAAGAACAUACAUUACCUGAGUUCAUUGGGGAUAAAGCCUAAAGAUCUUCACCGUCUUCUAACCAUGGCACCGAGGAUCUUCUCGAACUCUUUGGCUCUGAACCGGAUGAUGGUGGAGCUCCUGGAGAAUGUGUGCAUGAGCCUUGGCGGUAUCGACAGUGAAAAGUUCGCCCGCACCGUCAUUUCCAGGAACGUGUAUAUCCUGAUUCGGAGCACGAAGCGCGUCAGUUCCAACAUCCAGUUCCUCUUGAGUGUGCUGGAGCUCAGUAACGAGGAGGCGCUCAAGCUUCUGCAGAGUCACGGCGCCAAAAUCCUCGACCUGUCGCAUGAGAGUAUGAAGGCCAACUUCAGAAACCUGCAGCUGAAGCUCAAGUCUCUGGGUUGCAGCGAGGUGCAAGUGAGGGAGCUCAUUCUGAACUACGCUCCCAUACUCUUCGUCUCCUCAGACACGUUGAACCAGAAGCUGGACUGCCUGAUCGAAAAUGGGAUCGACAUCAGAAGCAUCAUAGAGAAGCCAAAAGUGCUGGACUACAGCGUCGCCACUCUAAAGCAGCGUCUGCACGAGCUGAACCAACUCGGUUAUGACUUCAGUGUGAACGGAAUCAGCGUCCUGGAUUUGAGCAACAAGCGUUUUAAAGCAAAAAUGGAGAAACUACUAGAACUUGGGGUGUAAGAGGGUGUCAGAUGACUAGGGCUUUAAAAACCUGGGGGUCCCAAGAGUGAGCCUUGAGGCACGACCUGGGAUUCUCACACUUAGCCACCAUGUCUAGUAGAUGGUUUUGAAUUUGCUCAAGUGCUAAGCAGGUUUGCUAGCAUGCAUUUGUGAUUAUUGAUGGUUCUCCAAGGGGGCCAGUGAUCUGCCAGGUAUGGUAUACUAUAGAGCCAAAAGUAUGUCAUUAUCCAUAUUAGGUUCUUCUGUUACCACAAAUUACAAGAACCAAGAGACCUGACCACUUAUCCAGCAUGACCAUGCCUCUGUGAGAUCCACAAAGUCUGGUGUGUCAAAGUUGGAAGAAUAUGGAAGAACUCAAGUAUUACACAGAAACCUGAGAUGGAACUCAACCCCCCACUGACUUUGGAAUGAACUGGAGCCUCUUCAAUAUCACGACUAAUGCCUCCUGUAGAGUGUGUGAAUAAACACGUAUAUUGAAAAACCUUCGCAAAAGAGAAGAGUAAAUCUGAAACGGGAUGUUCUUCAAGAACAAUCAGACUACUUGUAUCCUUAUUGUUAACAUUGUUCAGGUAAUUUUUGUUUGAAAACACGUUUAUCCAUCAUGUUCCUACAUCCAGCUCCAGCGCAGGUUGAGCUCUUAUGGAAGAAGAAGAGGAACAUCUCUCAAGAAUUUAAAUACAUUUUAUUUAUAUACAUUAAAAAUGUAUACGUACAAUAAGUUAUCGGACUGACAUGGCAUCAGGGAGUUGUGUGACCUGGAAGGAGGUUAAUUAGAGCUAGAAUGCUAGCUCAUGUGCCUGAAUUAUCAGGAAAUUGUGAUUUAUAUUAGGAAAUUUUUAUGUUUAAUUAUAUUUAUGGAAUAUUUUUCUGUGGCGUUUAAGAAGUAAACAUACUGAGUACUAAGUGAAACAACACUGAAGGAUAUAAUGUAAAGUAUUAAAUUGUCUUGGAAUUAAAGUUAUU